UCGUUAGCACAUAUCAUCCAAACUCCCUUCUUCUUCUUCUUUAUCUUCUCGAGACUUUUGAUAAGAGAUAUAUAUCAGAGAGCUUUUGAUAUAACAAUCAUGACGGCCGGUGGGUUCUCCGGUCCUCCUGGAGGAGGCACUGAAUUCGAGGCCAAGAUCACGCCAAUCGUCAUAAUUUCGUGCAUUAUGGCCGCCACAGGAGGCCUCAUGUUCGGUUACGAUGUCGGUGUUUCAGGUGGUGUUACAUCCAUGCCCUCCUUCUUGAAUAAAUUUUUCCCGGCUGUUUACCUGAAGACGCAGGAUAAAAAUCUGAACAGCAAUUACUGCAAAUACGAUAAUCAAGGUCUUCAGCUGUUCACAUCAUCGCUGUACCUCGCCGGUUUAAUCGCAACAUUCUUCGCGUCCUACACGACCAGAAUGUUUGGCCGGAGGCCAACCAUGUUGAUCGCCGGAAUUUUCUUCAUAUGCGGCACCAUCCUUAAUGCUGCGGCGCAAGACCUUGCCAUGCUCAUUAUUGGAAGGAUCUUGCUCGGAUGUGGUGUUGGUUUCGCUAAUCAGGCCGUGCCGGUGUUCCUUUCGGAGAUUGCACCCACAAGGAUACGUGGCGGUUUGAACAUACUCUUUCAACUUAACGUCACCAUUGGCAUUCUCUUGGCCAACCUCAUAAAUUACGGUACCAAUAAAAUCAAAGGGGGAUGGGGCUGGAGGCUGUCGUUGGGUUUAGCCGGCGUUCCCGCAGGUCUCCUAACCUUGGGGGCUCUCCUAGUGGUGGAAACUCCCAACAGUCUGAUAGAGCGCGGUCUCUUGGAACAGGGAAAAUCUGUGCUUAGAAAGAUCCGGGGAACCGACAACAUUGAACCUGAGUUCUUGGAGCUUGUCGAGGCUAGUCGUGUCGCUAAAGAAGUGAAGCACCCCUUCAGGAAUCUCCUCAAGCGCAGGAAUCGCCCCCAGCUGAUCAUCGCAGUAUGCUUCCAGAUCUUCCAGCAAUUCACCGGCAUCAACGCAAUCAUGUUUUACGCUCCUGUUCUGUUCAACACCUUGGGAUUUGGGAACGACGCUUCCCUUUACUCCGCCGUUAUAACCGGAGCCGUUAACGCCCUCUCCACCGUCGUGUCCAUCUACUCCGUGGACAAAGUGGGCCGUCGCAUUCUGUUGUUGGAAGCCGGCGUCCAGAUGUUCUUUUCUCAAGUGGCGAUAGCAAUCAUCCUAGGAAUUAAGUUGAAAGACCACACGGAAAAUCUUGAGAAGAGUUUCGGAAUCCUCGUAGUUGUCUUGGUGUGCACGUAUGUGGCGUCCUUUGCUUGGUCUUGGGGGCCUCUUGGGUGGCUGAUCCCCAGCGAGACAUUCCCGCUGGAGACUCGGUCGGCGGGGCAGAGUGUGACGGUGUGUAUCAACUUGCUUUUCACUUUUAUUAUAGCGCAGUCCUUCCUCUCAAUGCUUUGCCAUUUCAAGUAUGGAAUCUUUCUCUUCUUCUCCGGCUGGGUUGUCAUCAUGUCAAUCUUCGUGCUGUUUCUGCUGCCGGAGACCAAGGGCAUCCCCAUUGAAGAGAUGACACAGAGAGUGUGGAAGCAGCACUGGUUGUGGAAGAGAUUUAUGGAUUAUGACCACGAAGACGGCGGAGCUCAUGUUUUCAAUGGCACUGAAAAGGAAAACGGGCAUAGUAAUGGGAAAAAGGGGCAUAGUAAUGGAUUUGAUCCUUCUUCUCAACUGUAAACUCGAGAAAAUUGUUCAACCAACUUGAUAUACUAGAACAGAGACACUGGGCAUUAGAUAUAAGGUAGAUAAAUGUAAUAUUGCAGUGUCGGGGUUUACUACUUUUUAUUUUUAUAAGUAUAAUUAUAAUUAUUUUUGUGUGCAUUAA